UUACUGGUUUCACACAACCUCGUCAAAAACGGAACCCAGUCUUCAAGCACAUGGCACAACAACAACAACAAAAGAAAUAUGGUUAACGUCCAUGGCUUUGGCGAAUUUAUGGACGAUAAAGCAUUAAAAAUAUUAAAUGAAAAGAACGUCACCAGAAUAAAAACAUCAUGGAGUAACACAACAGUUCAGUUUGAUGACGGAACACAAGAAGUAUUGGGCUACCAACAUGCGAUAUACGACCAAAUUCUUCACAAAAUUUCUGGAUCUGUCAUUAAAAACCUUACAUUUGUGGGUGAAAAUCUAGUAUUUGUAAACAAUUUCGAACAAUUUUAUAUGAUAACAGACAAAUCGAAAUAUUUUCUGGUCCAAUUUCAUGACAAACAGCAACAUAAAGGUCAGAUUAGUCAUCUUACUGCAACGGACAAAGAUCUCAUAAUUAUUUUAGAUACCAAGACAUGUUUCAUAAGCGAGAACAUAUUAUGUAAAAUAGGAAAAGAUAUCAGAUGCGAAGAUGCAGAUAUUAUACCAACAUUAUCAUUACCAUUAGUACCUCUAUGUACAGAUAAAGUGGCUGCAGUUAGCUGUGGGAAGGAACAUAUCUUACUUUUAACUACGUAUGGCACAGUCCUCACGUUUGGAGGAGGAACUCGAGGACAGCUUGGUCAUGGAACAGUGGACAGUACAAAGGAACCAAAGUUGAUAGACAGCUUAGCGGGACUCAAAAUGUUAGCCGUUGCAGCUGGUGGCUGGCAUUCGCUUUGUGUUUCAGAAUGUGGAGAUAUAUAUUGCUGGGGUUGGAACGAAAGUGGGCAACUUGGCCUUCCCUCUAACACUGUUCGAGAAAAACACGGAGAUACGCAUCGACAAGAUACUUCAACACCACAAAUUAGACAUAAUAUUGGAAACAUUGUGAUAAACGAUGAUAACAUGAACAAACCUGUACAGGAAAAAAGUGAUGACAGUUCCUUACCAUCCGUAGGAGGAGACAUUUUAGCUGAUGACUCACCAGAAAGACAAAACUUAGACAAGAUGGAGAGUUUAUUGUUUAUACAAAAUGUAGACCCAGCACAAAUUCACCCUCUCCCAUGCUUGAUAGAUUUACAGGACACAUUUAAUAUACAAAAAGCCAGUUGUGGAUCUCGUCAUACUGCUUUACUCACAGAGAAUGGUAUCUUGUUGACAAGUGGAUGGAAUGAUUAUGGACAGUUAUGCCAUGAUGACAUAAUCACAAGAGACUAUUUUGAAACUGUAUCUUCAUACAUCAGAUCAGGGUCUACGAUAAAGGAUGUUCAUUGUGGUCCUUGGUCCACCUACAUCAUUACAGAUUGAAAUCAAUUGCAUCAAAUCCUCAUAUAUGACAGUGUUAUAUUUUGAACUGUUACUACUAUUACUAUUUGAACUUGAAUAAAUCUUGUUAAACAUAAA